AACGUCUGUCAAGUUAUAUGCGGGGGUUUGGAAGUUUGCCAAAACUUGCUGACCCUGCGGUUCGAUCACAUAUUCUACACCGGCGGCACUGUUGGCGCACGAGCUAUAUACACGGCUGCCGCCAACUUCCUCACACCCGUAACUCUGGAAUCGGGUGGGAAGUGUCCGUCUUAUGUGGACGCGGAAUCCGAUCUACACGUUGCAGCUCGACGCAUCGUUUGGGGCAAGAUCUACAAUGCUGGACAGGCUUGUGUGGGCGUAGACUACGUCUUGUUACAUUCUGCAGUGGCGG